AAACAAACAAAUAAACAAACAAACUGGAACAAAUGUCAGAAGAACAUUACAUCGUUGUAUUUUUUUAUUAUUUAAUGAUUAAAUGAAGUAUUCAACUAGUUAAAUUGUGAAACACUGAUAAACUCCUCACCACACCUGUUUUCGCAGCUCCACCCCAGACAGAGCUGGAGUAUUUUAGGAGAAUGUGAUUCACCUGAACAGGCAUUUCAGACAUUUUUUUUAAGCUCUGGAGUGUCUUUCAGUCUUGAUUCGGCAGUUUCUGAAAUCAGUUUCAACAGAAAACUUUGCGGUCGUCCAUGCUCUCAGCUUCUCAUGGCCUCAGCUUGGCCCGAAGAGGACAGCUUUGUCUGCUCGGUGUGCCUGGAAACCCUGAAGGAGCCCACCACGCUGCCAUGUGGACACUCCUACUGCUUGGCCUGUAUCCAGCACCACUGGGACAAGAGAGACACCAACGGCCAGUACAGCUGCCCACAGUGUAGACAGGUCUUCAACCCGAGACCCUCGCUGGCCAAGAGCACCCUGCUUGCCGAGGCCAUGGAGAAACUGAGGAGCAACAGCCUCAAGCGGAGCUCCUACGAAGCAGCUUCCCCAGACCCGCCGUCAGUGCCCAUCUACAUGGAGGUUCUUUCAGACAUAGGGCCGAGGAAGGGCAGCGUGUACCCCCAGGUUCCCACGUUGGAACCCAGACCCUGCCCUCAACACCACCGACCUCUUGACCUCUUCUGCCACGAGGACAGGGAGUGUGUUUGUGAGGUGUGCUGCCAGCAGGGACAUAAAGACCACCAUGUGCUCAGACCACAAGAUGAACGAAAGGAGAGACAGAAAGAGCUCCUUCAGAUGCAGGGUGAGGUUCAGAGAAGAAUCCACGAGUCUGAGAGGAUGCUGAAGGAGCUCCCAGCUGCUGCCCGCCAUCAUAAGACCUUACUGCAGGCUCUGGAAAAGGAGAGUUGUGAUUUAUUUCCUGAGCUGGUUAAGAGCUUGAACCAAACAGGAAGUGGUGUUGGUGAGCUCCUCGGCUCUCACGAGGCGGCCUUCUGCAGUCAAGUUGAAGGACUGGUCCAGGGCCUGGAGCAGGAGGUGGCCCAGCUCCGCUGGAAGAGCGAGGAGCUGAGCAGACUGUCUGACAUGCAGGAUCAUGUCACCUUCUUGAAGAACUUCCUCCUCAUGGAGCCACUGGGUCCGAUGAAUUUAACAGCAGAGUCGGUGCUGAGUGAAGAAGCAGCAGCGGUGGCCUCCAUUCGCUCAGCUAUAAAAGAGCUGCAUGACUCAGUACAGGACCAGUGCAAAGCCACUCUGGUUAAAAUCGCCAAAAUAGUGAAUCAAAAACCUGUAGCCCUACCACCCAGUGGUGCAGCAGCCCCAACACUCACUGGUUACUCUCAUCAGACCACUGCACAGGAUGCAGUAGUGUAUGAAUCCCUUCCAUAUCCUCCACCUUUUCCACCUGCACGACCUCAAGUGUGCGAGCCCUCGAGGAUUGGAAGUUCUCUGAAUCAUGAAAGUGCCCUGAGACAACUUUCAUUGCCCUCUGCUCCUCUUCUUCCUUCUAGACCUCAAAUUUGCGAGCCCUCGAGGAUUGGAAGCUCUUUGAAUCAUGAAGGUGCCCUGAGACAACUUUCCUUGCCCUCUGCUCCUCUUCUUCCUUCUAGACCUCAAAUGUGCGAGCCCUCAAGGAUUGGAGGUUCUCUGAAUCAUGAAGCUUCAGCGCCCUUUGCUCCUCUUAUUCCUUCUAGACCUCAAACAGCUACAAGAGCACAAAAUGCAGCUGGACUUGUCAACCCAGAACCAAAAACACGAGAGGAAAUGUUAAAAUUUCGUUUCGAACCCACCUUUGACCCCAACACGGUGUAUCGACACAUGAAGCUGUCAGAUGACAAUCAUAAGGUCACAAUGCGUUCUGAGAACCUGAACCCCCCGGACCACCCCGAGCGCUUCGCCUUCUGGAGACAAGUCCUCUGCAGAGAGCCCCUGGCAGGGAGCCCAUACUACUGGGAGGUGGAGUGGACCGGCCAGAAGAUUACCAUCGGUGUUGCUUACAAGGAAAUGGAGCGUAAGGGUUCUGACAACAAAAGUCGUCUGGGCCACAACGCUCAGUCCUGGAGCCUGUACUGGUCUGGAACCGGCUUCUCUUUCUGGCACAACGAUGAGGAGAAACUGCUGGGCUCCCCUAAAGCAAAGAGGAUUGGUAUCUAUCUGGACCAGUAUGCAGGGGUUCUGAACUUUUACAGCAUCGUCAACAAAAAGGCUGUUCUCAUCCAUCACCAUCAGACCCAGUUCAACGGGCCACUGUACCCCGGAUUCAGGCUGUGGGGAAGAACAGGCGAAACGUUGACAAUUUGCCGAUUAGACUGAGCUGAAAAUAAAAGAUCACUGCUGGAUUUUAACUUGUUUAGAAGUCUGUGACGCUUUAAAGCCUUUUGUGUUUUAGCUCUGUGAAGCUGAGACAAAUAUUCAGGAAUGUCCAAAUACUGUGCUGUUAUCUUUGUGCAAACAUUAUGAUUAAUGAAAUAAAAGGGUAAUAAAUA